AUGCCUUGGUCUUUCCAGAUCGAAGGUAUGCUUGACGCUAUUCUGGCUAUAUCUUCUGCUCAGUUGGCGAGGCGAAGUCAGGACGCAGACCGCGCCAAACACCUUCGCGCCGUAUCCUCCCGCCACGAGAGGAAGUGCUAUCAAUUCAUCAAGGAGCGCUUGAACCCGUCGGGUGGAUUGCCAGAAGAUACCUACCAGGUUACUGCGGUGAUCCUCAUCCUGGUAGGACUAGAAGCACUCAAUGGUGUCAAAACUACGAGAUGGAUAUCGCAAUUGAAGAGUGUGCAACGGAUACUUAGUGCGCUUACUCCGGAGCAGAGCAUCAUGGACUGUGUUGAAGUUGAUUCCCUGCAUCGACACUUCACUUACCACUUCGCCUCUGCUUCGCUCAUGGCGCGGGUGUCAAACGCCGGAAAGGCCUGUUCGGCAGAGCAGGGCUUGAUACCAAUCAGCGCCGCCCUAAUGCCAGGCACAAUCGACCCGCUCAUGGGCAUCUCAUACCAGCUAUGCGACCUGAUUUCACGGAUACAGUAUGUCACCUCUUCGAGUCCCGCGUUUCCCCUCGCUACCGAAGCGUCUUUCAACGUGAUCGAGAAGGGUAUACAGAAUUGGGCUUACGACAACCCGUUUGCACUUGGCGUCGAUACUCCUAUAGCUCUCGACCUCAUUGCCUUGGCAGAAGCCUACCGUUUAGCAGCUCUCAUUCAGCUCUACCGCACCUCGCCUAGCCAUUCAGCCAAUAUUGCGGGUUGUGCAUCACGCGCGAUGGAGUUUAUCGCUCGUAUACCACCGGGAAGCGCCGCGGAGUCAAGUUUGCUCUACCCAAUAUUUCUCGCUGGAGCCGAGCUAGAUGAUGAAGCGGCCAUCGAGAAGUGCUUCCAGAGGCUAGAGGAUAUCCAGAAUAGGAAUCGGUACGAGAACGUUGAAUGUGUCCAAAAGGUGUUGAAAGAAGUGUGGCGACCGAAGCUUGAAGGUGGUCAAAGAAGGGACUGGGAAGAAGUUGUAAGAGAGUGGAACUGGUCAUUUACUUUGGGUUGA